UCAUCUUCGGUCCUCAUCGAAGCCGUCCUCGCCUUCCGUCGAUCGCGUCACGCGCAUUCCUAUCUUAUCGAGAAGAGAGAGAGAGAGAGAGAGAGAGAGAGUGAGGGAGGAUUUCGGUCUGUGGCUGGCCGACUAUGGGAGAGGAGGAGAGGGAUCCACAGCGGCUGAAGAGGAUCGCGGCGGCGGCGUACGACUACGACAACGAUCCCCGAUGGGCGGAGUACUACUCCAACAUCCUGAUCCCGCCUCACAUGGCCGCCCGAUCCGACGUCGUUGACCACUUCAAGCGCAAGUUCUACCAGCGCUUCAUCGAUCCUGAUCUUGUUGUGGAGACCAUGUCUUCAACUAGUUCUUCUCAGUCAUCAAGAGCAUCAGACAGACCUUCAUCGCAACCAACACAGUCUUCAAGAGCAUCAGAGAGACCAUCACAGUCAACUGCUCGAAAUGUGAGGCCACAGAAUUCAGGGUCUGGUAGUGGUAGUACGGGAACAGCUGCGUCAGUGGGUGGGAAUGCUAAUCCUUUGAGGCUGGAUCAACGAUCUAUACAUUUUGCUGUCAAUGCUUGGGUACUAGUGGUUGCUGUGCUUGGGAUGCUUCCAGUUGCUUCAAGAAAUCUUUCAAACAAGGCAUAUCGUUUGUCCUUGCUGGGUACUGCAUGUUCCUCAGUUUAUUCGGUGUACAGUCUCUAUGGGAAACCAAGGGCAUGGAACCUCCCUGCUAUUCAAACAUGGGUUCAGACAGUGGUUGGAGGGAAGGAUUUUAUCCAUUUGAUAUAUUGUAUCACACUUGUUACACUGCAGCUACGUUUUAAGUUUGCUCUCAUUCCUGUGUUUUGUUGGGCUCUUGACCAUGUGGCCAGAUUCCUAAGGUGUAAUUUUGCACGCUCAUCUUUAUACAGGAAAUACAUGGAGGAACCUUGUUUGUGGGUAGAGGCAAAAGGAACGACAUUGAAUAUUCUCAGUUCGAAUGCCGAGAUUGGAAUGGGCUUUCUUCUAAUCAUAUCUCUAUUCUCGUGGCAGCGCAACAUAAUACAGACAUUCAUAUACUGGCAGUUGCUGAAGGUGAUGUACCAUGUUCCAGUAACUGCUGGUUAUCACCAGAGCGCAUGGGCCAGGAUCGGUCGUACUGUGAAUCCGUAUAUCUACCGCUAUGCUCCUUUCCUAAACAGCCCGAUCUCCGCUGUCCAGAGAUGGUGGUUUAGGUAAGAAGGAAGAGGAACAUGAAAUGGCCAUGAACGGGAAGGAUUUUGUUGUCACUUGUCAGUCAAUCUCAAAAUGUUGCUUUCAGUGGACAAAUAGUAAAAACUUUCAAGAACCCAUUUUGUGAUCUUCUACCAUCUGAUCUCUGUGUUAUAAUCAAUCAACUUUUAUCGAUGUAUGGAUCCUUUCAACUUUCCACUUGAAUUUAUUAUAUAUAAUGCUGUUUGUUUUUUCUUUUC